AUGCGAAAAGUGAGUGAGGAACAAAUACAACUGCAAGAAACGAAUAAAGGACAGAAGGAAAGUUUCUCUCAAUCAUCGCAUUUGAGUACUCAUAAGAAGACGCAUACUGGUGAAAAGCCGAACCAUUGUACGAUAUGCGGGAAAGAUUUCAAUAAAUUAUGGGAUUUAAACAGAGACAACAGAACUCAUACAGGUGAAAAGCCGUACAGUUGUACGGUAUGCAAUAAAACUUUCUUUCAAUUAUCGGAUUUGAAUGUACACAGGAGGAAGCAUACCGGUGAAAAGCCGUACAGUUGUACGAUAUGCAAUAAAAGUUUCUCUCAAUCAUCACAUUUGAAUUCGCAUUGGAGGACGCAUACCGGUGAAAAGCCGUACAAUUGUACGAUAUGCAAUCGAAGCUUCUCUCAAUUAUCAUCUUUGAAUGUACAUAAGAGGGCGCAUAUGGGCAUAAGGCCAUUCCGUUGUACGAUAUGCGGCAAUGCUUUUUAUCAAAGCAAUGAUUUAAAAAGGCACAUGAAAACUCAUAGCAAUAAGUAG